AUGACGUCUUCAUCUGUAUCAUCCUUGACAACAUCAUCAGCAACGAAACCUGCAAGGCGAAAACUGAAGCAACUGAGCGAUGACUCUAGCUCAGGAUCAUCAAGUGAUUCAGAAGAAGUCAUACAACCUGCACGAAAAGCAGUAGCCGUGGAAAAAAAGAAGGUGGAAGUGAAAAGAAAACGUGUGUCACCACCUGCGUCAGACAUGUCUUCUAACCGAUAUAGUGAAUCUGGCUCUGAUUCUGAGGAUCGCGUGCCAUCGAGGAAAGGGAACAAGCGCCGAUUCUCAUCCGGCGACAAAAAAUCUGAAAAGAAAAAGUCUCACGGAACGAAUUCGGUCUCUACGAGUACGAAGAAGAAGGCAAAGGCGGCAAGUCGAAAACGUCAAGAUACGAAUACGGACGAGGAAGCGAUCACGCAGCACGAUCCUAGCACAACUUGUGCACUGAAUGCUGAAUGUACAAGGCCGCAAAGCGAGCAAGUCGGAUGGAUAUUCUGUGACGACUGUCAGAACUGGUUCCACAACAUCUGCAUUUUGGGGCGUGAAGAAGCUCCUGAUGAUGAAUUUUUCUACUGUGGUUGUAAAGCGAAGAAGAAGACGAAGAAGCGAUGA